UUUUAGCUACUAUGCAGUACAGCUAUGGAACCAACUCCCAGAGGACAUCAAAAAUGCUCCUGCUGUUGGCAGCUUCACAUCUAGAUUAAAGACCAAGUUGUUCUCAGAUGCUUUCUGCUAACUGUAAGAGUCAACAAGGAAGAAAGUUCUAUUGCAUUUAAAGACACAUGACAUCAGGAAUUAGAAGACUACCUGAAAGAAAAGGAGACACAAGAUCAUGGAGAAUAAUUUGUGGAAAGUUGUGUGUGUUGUAUGCGCUCAACUCCUUAGUGCUACAGGCUCACUUGGCCAGCUGGAUGUGUGUGGUCGACCUCCACUGAACACCAAGAUUGUGGGUGGUGACGAUGCUCCUGCCGGUGCUUGGCCUUGGCAAGCUAGCGUUCAGGCGAGUGGCCGCCAUUUCUGUGGUGGCAGCCUGAUCAAUAAGAACUGGGUCUUAUCAGCUGCUCACUGUUUCGAAAGUUCCAGUAUUACUGCACGUGACAUCACAAUCUUUCUAGGAAUGGAGAGCCUGGAGGGCACGAACCCGAAUAUGCAGAAAAAAACUGUUCUUAAGAUUAUCAACCACGAAAACUAUAACAGUACCAAACUGAACAAUGAUAUUGCACUCGUCCAGCUCUCCUCUUCAGUAACCUUCAAUAAUUAUGUCAUGCCGGUGUGCCUUGCAGCAAGCAACAGCCUUUUUCUUAAGGGUACAAAAGCCUGGGUCACAGGAUGGGGUAACAUUCGUUUUGGUGUGACCAUGCCCUCCCCUAAAACCCUGCAGGAGGUACAGGUGUCGGUUGUCAAUCACAGUGACUGUGCAAAAAAAUAUGGAUCUGAUAUUAUCACAGAAAAUAUGAUUUGUGCUGCUGAGGGAGGAAAAGGCGCAUGCCAGGGUGAUUCUGGAGGUCCACUGGUGGUCAAGUGCAAUGGAACCUGGGUUCAGGCUGGGAUUGUGAGCUUUGUCAAGGCCAACGAGUGCGCUUCAGCUGUUGUUCCUGAUGUGUACGUCAGAGUGACUCAGUACCAAGACUGGAUCAACCGUCAGAUCGACAGCAAUCAACCGGGAUUUGUUACAUCAACCUGCAGUCGUGGCUCCCCCAAUCACUUCCUUUCAAGAAACCUGAUCCUUUCUUUCUCCAUAAUCCCCUUCCUUCUCUCCCUCUCUAUCUUCCAAUGAUUAUAGUCAAAUUAAACAAAGUACAAAUGAAAGGAGUAAGGUAAAAUUAUAAGUCUAUGAUCUAUGUCUUCCAGAAGAUACAUACUUACAGUGGUGCUUGAAAGUUUGUGAACCCUUUAGAAUUUUCUACAUUUCUGCAUAAAUAUGACCUAAAACAACAUCAGAUUUUCACACAAGUCCUAAAAGUAAAUAAAGAGAAUCCAAUUAAACAA